AGUCUUCAAAAUUUAUAUGAAAUCAGUGGGUGUUGAUCAUUCUAGUCUUCAAAAGUUAUAUGAAUUGAGUGGAAACCAGUUCUGCAAUUAUCCCCAAUUUGUCCUACGUUCAUUACCAAUUAGGAUACAAUUACAGUGAAAGAAUGGCUAUAUCAAUUAGGAUUAUCAAAUACGAGCCUUGUUGAUGGAUACACUUCCAGUGAAAGAUUGCUACAUCAAUUAGGACAAGCAUAUACGAGACUUGUUGUUGUUAUUGAGUAUCUCAGCGUGGGAUUCAAAUCAGUUUUGAUUGCUUUUGUGAAGAAGCAUGGUAUGUGUUGAUCAGAAGCUAGUUGCAAUUUUGAAUAGUUUUAUGAAUCAAGUUUAAGUUCUGCAAGGACUUCAUCAAGAAAUUUUGUCCCACGUUGAAUGCAUCAACAGUGAAAGAACACUCAAUCAAGAAACUGUAUAUGAGCCUUGUUACUGUUAUUGGGUGUCCCAGUGUUGGAUUCAAGCCAGUUUGAUUUUAGCUUAGAUUUAAUUAAUGGAAAGGGGUUACAGGUGUUGACUAGAAGCUGGCCUCAGUUCUUAAAGAGUUCUGAGAAUUGAGAAAAAGUUUUACAAGUACCCCAAAGAAAAACUCUGUCCAACAGUGCCUAUUCGUGCAGGUGCAUUCACAGCGAAGGAAAUGCAUACUAACUAGGAUUCAUAAAUAGAUUCCUUGUCGCUGUUAUUGGGUAUUUUCUGGAUUCAAUUCAGUUUUUCUUUCGUGUUUUGUCAAAUCUUUGAGAAAAGCAUGGCAAGUGUUGAUCAAAAUACCCUCCGCCCUUGUGAUGAGUCUGGUGACUUUUACUGUGGUGUUAAUGAUGUUAAUGACGAAGUCGUGAAAGAAUCGUUGGCCAUUCAGAAGCUCCCAACUUGUGACCGCCUGAGAACUGCCAUUUUGGAGGAAAAUAAGAGGGAAGGAGGUCUGGCUUAUACACGGAUUCAUGUCUCUGAUUUAGGACCCCAAGAAAGGCAGAGAUUGAUGGAUAGGUUGAUUCAAUUUCCGGAAGAAGACAAUGAUGAGUUGCUGCAGAAACUUAGAAGACGGAUAGACAGAGUAGGUCUCUCUCUGCCUACAGUGGAAGUCCGGUUUGAAAACCUUAAAGUGAAGGCUGUGUGCUAUGUUGGUGGAAGAGCUCUUCCAACGCUUUGGAAUGCUGCUAGAAAUGCUAUUGAUAGAUUCUUGGAAUUUAUAUAUUUGUCUCCAACAAAGAGAACUAGUUUGACGAUUUUGAAAAACAUAAAUGGCAUCAUCAAACCUUCCAGGAUGGCACUUCUGCUAGGUCCACCUGGUUCUGGAAAAUCGACCUUGCUGCAGGCACUCUCUGGGGCUUUGGAUAGAUCGCUCAAGUGUGAGGGCCACAUUACUUAUAAUGGACACCAACUUCACGAAUUUAUUCCACAGAAGACAUCAGCAUAUAUAAGUCAGAAUGAUGUACAUAUUGCAGAGAUGACAACCAGAGAAACACUUAAUUUCUCAUCUUACUGUCAAGGAGUUGGCACCAGAUAUGACCUUCUAUUGGAACUCAUUGAAAGAGAGAAAGAAGCAGGGAUCCUUCCAGAGGCAGAUAUUGACUCAUUUUUAAAAGGAACUUCAAUUGAAGGUUUGAAAGGAAGCCUUCAAACAGACUAUAUCUUAAAGAUUCUGGGCUUGGAUGUCUGCGCAGACACCAUAAUUGGUGAUGCCAUGCAAAGGGGAAUUUCUGGCGGGCAGAAAAAGAGAGUCACAACAGGUGAAAUGCUUGUCAGUCCAAUGAAGACAUUGUUUAUGGAUGAUAUAUCAACUGGUCUGGAUAGCUCAACAACCUUUCAGGUUGUCAAAUGCCUUCAGCAGUUUGUGCAUAUAAUGAAAGGCACUAUUUUGAUGUCACUUCUUCAGCCUGCACCAGAGACCUUUGAACUAUUUGAUGACAUUAUUUUAUUAUCAGAAGGGCAAAUAGUAUAUCAAGGGCCUCGGCAACAUGUUCUCGAAUUCUUUGAGGGCUGUGGUUUUAGAUGUCCUGAACGAAAAUCCAUUGCAGAUUUCCUGCAAGAGGUUACAUCCCGAAAAGACCAAGAACAGUACUGGACUGCUGACAGGGAACAAUAUCAAUAUGUUACUGUGAAACAAUUUACAGAGAAAUUUAACCAGUUCUAUAUGGGAAAAAAUCUUGUUGAAGAGCUUUCAAUACCCUAUGAUAAGACUUCAUGUCACAAAGCUGCAUUAUCCUUCAAUAAAUAUUCAAUAAGCAAGUUUGAGCUUCUGAAAGUUUGUUUUGAUCGUGAAUGGCUACUUAUGAAGCGAAACUCUUUCCUUUAUGUCUUCAUGUUUGUUCAGAUGGUUGUGGUGGCCUGCAUUACGAUGUCGGUUUUCAUUCGAACGAGAAUGAAAAUUGAUGUACUACAUGGAAAUUAUUACUUGGGUGCUCUGUUCUUCUCACUCAUUAUUAUUAUGUUCAACGGCUAUGCUGAAAUUGCAAUGACUAUGGCUCGGCUUCCUGUAUUUUUCAAGCAAAGAGACCUUCUAUUCUACCCAGCAUGGACAUAUACCAUUCCAACAUGUCUACUGAAAAUUCCUCUAGCAGUGUUCGAAUCAUUUGUUUGGACUGCCUUAUCUUACUAUGUUAUUGGUUUUGCCCCUGAAGCUAGCAGGUUUUUUAGGCAAUUCUUAGUCCUCUUUUGUCUGCAUCAAGUGUCAUCAUCACUAUUUCGUCUUAUCGCUGGGAUCUGUCGUACCAUGGUCAUAUCUAACACUGGAGGCUCAUUCUGUCUAUUGAUCAUCUUCAUUCUUAGUGGAUUUAUCAUUCCAACAACUUCCAUUCCAAAAUGGUGGAUAUGGGGUUACUGGGUCUCACCAUUAGCCUAUGCAGAAACAGCAAUCUCAGUCAAUGAAUUUCUUGCUCCCCGCUGGCAAAAGCCCUACUCUUCAAACACAAGUAUAGGCCUCCAUGUGCUAGAGAGUAGGGGUCUCCUCAAGGAAGCUCAUUUCUAUUGGAUUUCUGUGGGCGCUUUGGUUGGCUUCACAGUUCUCUUCAAUAUUUUGUUGACAGUUGCCUUGACCUAUUUGAAUCCUAUUGAGAAGGCACAUGUAGUUAUUACAGAAGAAAAACUUGCAGAAAUACAAAAGACAGAGGGAGAUGCUUUUACUGAUCAAAACAUGCAAUUGAGCUGUACAGAGGUGGAAGUCCAAAUAGAUAACCUCUCAAGUGAAUCGAGAAGACACAAUGUGGUUCAUGAUAUACCUACAAAGCAAGCUAAGCAAGGAAUGAUCUUGCCUUUCCAUCCACUUACCAUAUCCUUUAGAGAUGUGCAGUACUUUGUUGACAUGACAUCGGAAAUGAAAGCCUUAGGAGCUACAGAGAAGAGACUUCAACUCUUAAAAGACAUAACAGGAGCUUUUAGGCCAGGUGUUCUCACUGCCUUGAUGGGUAUCAGUGGAGCUGGGAAAACAACACUCAUGGACGUGCUCUCUGGAAGGAAGACAGGAGGGUAUAUUGAGGGAGAUAUAUGCAUCUCUGGCUUUCCAAAGGUUCAGGAGACUUUUGCUCGAGUUUCAGGUUACUGUGAACAAACUGACAUUCACUCUCCUCAGAUUACUGUAAGAGAAUCUGUACUGUUUUCUGCCUAUAUGCGCCUCUCCCCAGAAAUAGAUGACAAGAGUAAACAGAUGUUUGUUGAUGAAGUGAUGGAGCUUGUAGAGCUGGAUAACUUGAAAGACACAAUGGUGGGUCUUCCUGGUGUGAGUGGUCUGUCAACAGAGCAAAGGAAGAGACUAACCAUUGCUGUAGAACUUGUUGCCAAUCCUUCUAUCAUAUUUAUGGAUGAACCAACUUCUGGCCUAGAUGCUCGAGCAGCAGCAAUAGUGAUGCGUGCUGUUAGAAAUACUGUGGACACAGGAAGAACUGUUGUCUGUACGAUCCAUCAACCAAGCAUUGACAUUUUUGAAGCAUUUGAUGAGUUGUUGUUGAUGAAACAAAGGGGUCAAAUUAUAUAUGCUGGUCCUUUAGGUCGCCAUUCAAUCAAUGUCAUAGAAUAUUUCCAGGCUAUUCAUGGUGUAGCAAGGAUCAAGGAUAAGUGUAACCCUGCAACAUGGAUGUUAGAGAUCAGCUCUGCAUCUGCGGAACAGCGACUUGGUAUAGAUUUUGCUGAAAUUUAUAUGAAGUCAUCUCUUCAUGAGCAUAAUUUAGAGCUAGUGAAGCAAUUAUCCAUGCCAGUCCAAGGGGCCAGAGAUCUUCACUUCCCAACUCAGUUUUCACAACCUCCUUGGGCCCAAUUCAUUGCCUGUCUAUGGAAGCAACACUGGACAUAUUGGAGAAGCCCUGAUUACAAUUUAGUCCGCUUGUUCUUUACAUUUAUAUCAGCACUAUUUUUCGGUACCAUCUACUGGCAGCUUGGCACAAAAAUACAUGCUCAAGAUGACUUGUUCACUGUCAUGGGAGCUUUAUAUGGUUCAACAUUGUUUCUCGGCAUAACUAAUUCCUCUGUAGUGCAACCCAUUGUGGCUGUAGAACGUACAGUGUUUUAUAGGGAGAAAGCAGCUGGAAUGUACUCUCCUUUACCCUAUGCUCUGUCACAGAUUGUCAUUGAAAUUCCCUACAUAUUCUUACAGACAGUGAUGUAUGGACUGAUCACUUAUUUCAUGAUUGGAUUUCAAUUGUCUGUGGUGAAAUUUUUCUGGUACAUAUUCACCAUGUUUUUCACCUUCUUGUACUUCACGUUUUAUGGAAUGUUGGCUGUUUCGAUUACUCCAAAUUUCCAAGUUGCUGCAGUUGUUGCAUCAGCUUUCUACAAUCUUUUCAAUCUCUUCUCUGGGUUCCUCAUUCCAAGACCGGAUCUUCCAAAAUGGUGGCAGUGGUACUACUGGAUCUGCCCAACGUCAUGGACAUUGACUGCACUCACCACUUCACAAUAUGGAGAUCUAGACAAAAAUAUUACAGUUGAUGGCAUAGAGAAGCCCAUUCGUACUUUCCUGGAAGAUUACUUUGGAUAUGACCAUGACUUUUUAAGUGUUGUUGGUACAGUCCUUGUAAUUUUCCCUGUUUUCUUUGCGAUAUUGUUUGCAUACUCUAUUACAACCUUGAAUUUCCAAAGGAGGUGAAAUGUUCGGAAACAUCAUGCUAUCAAAAUUCCAAGUCAGGCUUCCUUUGUAAGAAUGUUCAUAUAAGAUGCAGAGUUGAGUAAUCAAUACCCCUUUUACCCCCGACUAGAGGGAACACAAUGUUGUAUAGUGUCUCGUCUUUCAUCUCUUCUAAUAUGUUAGUAUGGUACAGUAAGAUGAAUCUUGUUCUAAUAUGUAUUUAAGAAACAAUUAUCACUCCAUUAGACAGUCUGUAGCCUAGUGGUAAGUUGGGGUGUGAACAAAAGUUCAUCAAGCCAAAACUAAAUGUGGGUAACAGGUGCAUCCCAACAAAUGAUUCCGCCUAUGGCAUCCAUUUCAACUAAGUCAGCAAUGGACAAAUUCUCAGAAAUAAUUAUCUAGCUGAAUCUGAUUCCCCAUGCUUCUAUUUAAACCAAAAUUGAAUGCAAUGGGGUCAUUCUCAAUUAUGUGGAAGUGGAACUUGCCUUAGGAAUGAGGAAGGUACAUUAAUCCUCUUAUCAGCCAUAUUUUACUUGCAU